AUGGACGCACCCAAGACCACCACGAGGAAGCUGAAGCGAGAACCUCGCGAUGCCAAACGCGUUGGUGACCAGCUGGCAGACGACAAGACAAAGCUGCUGGCAGCCAUGACGCACGACAGUGGCGUGGACGUCAUCACGCCAACUGUCAUCAAGACCAAGCUGCCGGCUGACAUUGUCGGCGCUACUUCCAGCCUAGACACUGCACCAGCAACGAGAGACGUUGGUGUUGGCACGACAUCCGACUUCUUUGACUGCUACUACUCGCCGCUGCUGACCGCAACCCUCGACGACGAUGAUGAGGAAGCGCAGAUGAAGCGGAAGAACAAGGAAGACCCCGAGCCGGAGUGGUACAUGCUGCGAGCAACACAGCACCUGACACGCGGGCCCUGGGCGCCCGUGCCGCCGCCACCACUCGUCCAGCUGAAGCCACCGACCAGCGCUUUCAGCUUCAAGAAGGUCUCGCGUUCACGGCCGGAUCGCGUGUGCCACACGUGUCUCUUCUCCAAACCGUGCACGCGCCACCCUGAAAAGCUGUUCGACAUGACAUCAUCCUCCACCAAAUAG